UUGGGAUGCAAAUGAGCGCACAAGCGCGUGCUGGCGCGGUGAAAGCGUCCGAUUGUUUAUUGAGCUCGCGGAGCCACGCGCCCGGCUCGCGGAGCAUCACCCCGCGGGGGCGGAGUCUCGCGCUAGAAGCGUGCGUCUUCAAAGGAGGCGGGGUGUGGAACGCGUGUUGAAAAGGCCGAGGUCUGCCAAAGUUUGUAUCAGAUCGACCACCGAUCCGAGGGGCAGCAGGACUCGGACCGAUAGUCCACGCGAAGGACACGAGAGUCGCGCGUUGCCAGUUUAUUUGUCCUCGCGUGACAAGUUGCGCAACUUUACGAAAGGUUCACCUCGAAAAUGAAUACGCAGUUGACGCAAAGCGAAUGCGCUUUCGGAAACACAGUCGACUUGCAAGAGUGCGCGCUCUCGAGCGCAGACGCGAAGUCCAAGGUGCUGAAAAGACAGCGCUCGAGCUCGCCGGAGCUUUUGCGUUGCAAACGGAGGCUCACGUUUAACGGGUUGGGAUACAGCAUCCCGCAGCAGCAGCCCGUGGCGGUUGCGCGGCGCAACGAGCGCGAGAGGAACCGCGUCAAGCAGGUCAACAUGGGGUUCCAGACGCUGCGUCAGCACGUCCCGAACGGCGCGUCCAAUAAGAAAAUGAGCAAAGUGGAAACGCUGAGGUCCGCGGUGGAGUACAUACGCGCGUUACAGCAGCUGCUCGACGAGCACGACGCGAUCUCGGCCGCGUUUCAGUGCGGCGUUCCGUCACCGACGCUCUCCAACGCAUAUUCCGCGGACCCGGAGUCACCUCAUUCCUCUUACUCCUCAGAUGAUGGGAGUUACGAGCACCUAAGCUCUGAAGACCAAGAGCUGCUGGACUUCACCACAUGGUUUGAUCGGUACUGAUGAGACUUCAUCUACUCCAUCAUUUGGCCUUGGACUCUUUUGUAGGAACUAUACAAAUGCUGCUCUGUUGGCUAGGCAGGCAGCAGUUUGGGGUGCUUUGGCUCACCGGUUAUUGAGGUUCGAACCCCAGUGGGCACCUACAGUGGUGUGCUUGAUCAAAGCACUUAAGUUGCUCCAAAAUGACUUUGCAUUCAAGAUCUGAGUCCAAAGGGGACAGUGCAAAGUUUUCCAAAUAAUCUCCGAAACCAGUAAUCCAGUUUGAGCUGUGCUGGAUGGACUCCAUAAGUGCAAUUGUGGGUAUUAGAUGUUUGGGGCAACCGAUGCUGUUGCUCGAUGAUGUCCUUUAUGUUGUUUUUAUGAAACAAACCUCCCUUGUCAAUUCCAAGAAUGUCAAGCUAAUCGGAUUAUUGAUUAUUUCCUACAACCAACUACCAGGUCUGCUUAAAGACUGAAAUUUGUAUGAUAAGUUUUGUAUUAAUGAAGAUGAAGAUAUAUUUUUGUAAGCGGAGCGCAUGAAAUGUCAACUGCCUCUUUGUGACAAUGAACGCAGCUAGUUUAUUGUAACAAUAACCGUUGAGAUCAAAGUUGUUUUAACACUGGAGAACAAUUGAUCUGUCUGUAUUUAUCAAAAUGAUAUUGUUUAGAUUUACUGUAGGUCUUCCUGUGAAACUAUUGAUGGCAGAUUUUUCAAUGCACUUGUCCAUUUCUAGUAGCCUAC